UCAAUUACCUUUGAAAACUGAAAAAAUCAUUUAUAAUUAAUGAUUGUUAAUAAUCAAAUUUUAGAAAUAUUAAGCGGAUUUUUAUAUUUUUGAAAUACUGUUCCGUUCUAUGGAAUCCUUCUCUGGUUAAUCACAUCGUAGGAUUCUAAGACGAUUUCUACGUUGCAAUAUUAAGUUGUAACCCCAGUGAUUACUAUUUGGAUUUACCAAUAUAUAAUAUACAAAGUAGCCUUAAUUAAAAAACACUUGUCUACAAAUAGUAGUUGAGUUAGUUAGAGAUUUCAAUUUAAAAAAGUUAGUUGUUGUGAAAACCAUUUAUAUAAAAUCAAUGUCUACAGAAGAUUUGAAAGAAGCUAUUAAAGAAACUCAUAUUCUUGAAAUGUUGGAUCAUCCUAAUAUCAUAAAAUACUAUAAAAGUUUCCAAAGUGAACAAAAUUUUCACAUUGUAAUGGAAUAUGCAACUCAUGGUUCUCUUGAAAAUUUUGUCAGUAAAUGUUCUCUUUCAUCUGAUCAUAUUGCACAAAGUUGUGUACUAAAUAUUUUUAGUCAGCUUAUAAUGGCAGUUAAUUAUAUACAUAAAAUGAAAAUAAUACAUCGUGAUAUUAAUCCUAUGAAUAUAUUAUUAACUGGAAGUCAAGGAACUGUUGUAAAACUUGGUGAUUUUGGUUCUUCUCAUUUAUUAAAUAGUGAUAAGGUUUCAAGUGGAAACAACUGUACUCCUUGCUAUAUGUCUCCAGAACAAUGUUGUGGAAAACCUUUGAGACUAAAAAGUGAUAUCUGGCAAGUUGGUUGUGUUUUAUAUUAUUUGAUGUCUAUGAAGCAUCUAUUUUAUGGACAGAGUUUAGCUGAAGUAGUCUCGUGUAUUGUAGAAGGUGUUUUCAAUCCUUUGAAAACUAUUAAUUAUUAUGAUGCAGAUUUAGUACGGCUUAUGUCUGAACUGUUAAACCAUGAUCCAACUAACAGGCCAGAUGCCAGUGAAAUACUAUCACAUCCACAUGUACUUCCCUUUAUAUUACAUUCAACAAAUCAUUGGUUAAAAUCAGGUAGAAGAUCUAUUGGUAAAAAGUAAUAUUAUUGUCAGCUUAAUACUUUGUUUAUAUAUGCAAGUUUGAUUAAUCAAUUUAUAAAACAUAUAUUGACAUGAGUGAUAACAAAUUUAAAUAGUUUAUGUAAUAAUUAAAUUUUGACUUUAUUUGUUAAAACAUCUGAGAUAUCAUCAAAUGCAUUUAAGAUGUAGAUACACUGGAAAUUUUGUUUGUGAAUUAUGUAUUAUUUAAUUUUUUUGUACAUUUUUUCAUAAAAAUAAAGUAAACUACUUAUAGAUUUAUUGUAAGUUAUGAUAUUCAUCUAAUAAAGUUAUGGUUCAAUAAUAAUGUAAUAUUUUGUUGCAGAUAUUAUACUUUCAUGUAA